AACACUCUGAUAUCUGUCGUCCGCUCACUGCCUGCAGAGGAGAGUCGUCUUUCAGACGUUACUCUUCUUCACAUUCACAACGAGAGAUGAGAGGAGCAGCAAUGAGUUUAAUCAGAGCAGUGAGUUGGUUUAUCGUCGUCCUCCACUCUGUGUCAGCGGUUCAGGAUCUCUGGGAUGUGACGUGCUCUUCUGUGUGGAUCUGUGCCCGUAAAGGAUCGACUGUGGAGAUGAGCUGCACCUUUCCAUACCCAGAGGAAAUAAACGAGGAAGUUAACACACUUCAGGAAACAUUUUGGUCUACUGAUGAGCCUGAAUAUAAAGUGGAUGUUAAAGAAGACUCCAAGUAUUCAGGCCGUGUGCAGAAUACCUGUGUGGGGAACAACUGUACUCUGAGAAUCACAGACGUGAGAGAGACAGACACGGCUUACUACAGGUUCAUAUUGAAAACAAACAUCAGCAGAUAUUUAAGUAGAUCUGGGGUCAUCCUGAUUGUCACAGAUCUCCAGUUGCACGUGAUCAGACUUGCGGCUGGACUCUUCUUUAUGUGUCUCAACGGAUGUUCUGAUGAAACCAUCUGGUUCAAGAAUGGAGAGGAAAUCAAAGAUGAAACAUCAGAUCAUUAUUCAUCAGAGCAGGUUCUUCAGACAGACAGUUAUUCCUGUGCUGUACGAGGACAUGAGAAGUUCCCGUCUCCUCCAGUGUCGGUUCAGGAUCUCUGGGAUGUGACGUACUCUUCUAAGCAGAUCUGUGCCCGUAAAGGAUCGACUGUGGAGAUGAGCUGCACCUUUCCAUACCCAGAGGGAAUAAACGAGGAAGUUAACACACUUCAGGAAACAUUUUGGUCUACUGAUGAGCCUGAAUAUAAAGUGGAUGUUAAAGAAGACUCCAAGUAUUCAGGCCGUGUGCAGAAUACCUGUGUGGGGAACAACUGUACUCUGAGAAUCACAGACGUGAGAGAGACAGACACGGCUUAUACAG